UUCGAUUAUGAACAAACUAUUUAACUUUGGUUAUUAUAUAUAAACUUACUUUUCAAGAGAGAACUUUUUUAUUCGUUGGGAUAUUUAAUUGUGCAAUGGAUUGUAUUUAACCAGAGUUGAUUUCAAACACACAGGAUGGAGGUAAGAAGGUGGAAGGUGGUUUAAAUGUAAGAAGAGAGAGAAGUUUACCCAAGAAAUUAGAAAUAGCCGGAGUUAAAGAUGUUAUACUCGUAGCAUCGGGUAAAGGUGGAGUCGGCAAAUCAACAACAGCAGUAAAUUUGGCUCUAGCUAUGGCGGCCAAUGAACCAACAAAAGAUAUUGGUUUAUUGGAUGCAGACGUUUACGGUCCAUCGCUACCUACAAUGAUGAAUUUACACGGGGAACCUGAGCUUAACUCAAAGAAUCUGAUGAUACCACUGAUGAACUAUGGUAUAAAAUGUAUGUCUAUGGGUUUUUUAGUGGAUGAAAAGGCAGCCAUUGUAUGGAGAGGUUUAAUGGUGAUGUCGGCCAUUGAGAGAUUACUCAGACAGGUAGCAUGGGGUCCACUAGAUUAUUUGAUUAUAGACAUGCCACCAGGUACUGGUGAUACACAACUAUCAAUAUCACAAAAUAUACCUGUUUCAGGUGCUGUGAUAGUAACAACACCACAAGACAUAGCUCUAACAGAUGCCAGACGGGGAGCCGAGAUGUUUCAGAAAGUCCAUACGCCUAUAUUAGGUAUUGUACAGAAUAUGGCCAUGUUUGUGUGUCCGAAGUGUGGCCAUGAGGAACACAUAUUUGGUGAAGAUGGUGCCAAAAAUGUUGCUGAGGAAAUGCACACAGAAAUACUGGGUGAUGUACCUUUAACUACGAGUAUACGUGAAUCAUGUGACACUGGUCAACCAAUCGUUAUAGCCCAACCUAACAACCCAUAUACUUUAGUUUAUAAACAGAUUGCUAAUAAAAUUACGAAUAAACUUUUACGUAGUACGUCAUCUUGACGUAUACCACUUACACCAAGAAGCUCAUCCCCAACUUAGGCUGCCUGUCUAUAGUAAGCUCCCAGUGUGAAGCAGAUGGAUAGCUGCAUGCAGUAUACAAGAAGCUAUAAUGAACUGGAGACAGCAUGAAGUCAUUUUAUCAUUAUGACGAUUGAAGACAGCGACGCCAUAUUGGUUAACCCAAAACAUUAAUAUUAAGUGGCUGUGAGGAGUGAAUAAAACUUAUUCUUUUUUAAAGCGAGAAUGACUUAUUGUUCCAGAGGAAAUUUGUUUUACACAGUGAAAGGCAACACAUAUA